AUGUCUCUUCUAACAUUUCUCAUUUCGUUCUCCUACUCUCUGCCAUCGAUUAUUCUGUAUUUUUUGACAAUUUACAUAAUUUUGAAACAUCGAAAAUAUUUCAAUUCCUCAUUUUUCAUUUUAUACAUUUUUGAUGGAAUUAUGAAUAUUUUUACAUUUCUAAACCUAUUUUAUAUGAUGCGAUUGAGCAGUAUUACUUGUGAAAAUUGUCUGUUUUCGUUUUUGUACAAAAUUGCUGACGACUACGUUCCGAUGACUUUUCUAAUGGCAAUGACUUUUCAUAUGGCUUAUGUACAGUACUCCAUUACGGCACUUAUUUCGUUUAAUCGAUUGCCAGUUCUUUGGAAUUACACCAUUAUGGAACCGAUUUGGAAAAAAUUCGCCUGGCUCAUCAUCCUAAUCGUCUUCGCACUUCCAUUCCUCGACACUUAUCGUUGCUUUUCUUAUAAAACUGAAAUUAACUAUGAUAACGAAACAAACCAUUAUCAAUUUCUAAGUCCUAUGCCUGUCACAUUAGGAUUUCAAUAUCUUCUUCCGACAAUGGUGAUAAUCACGUUAUUAUCCGUUUUCAUUAAUAUUAUCAGCCUAACGACAAUUACAUGUGCAGUUCAACUUUUGGGAUGCUCAUUGAGUGUAGCCAGAGUGUUUUUGGCAUCUAAUCCAAUCGUAAAAUCACUAUCUCCACUUAUACCAUUUGUUAGUGAUGGCUUAACACUUGUGCAACCUUGGUUGUUGGUAUUUUUCAGUAAAGCGAUGCGCAAUAAAUUGAUUGGAAUGUUCAGAACAAGGACUUCUUCAGUCAACAUUCUACAGUAA